GGGACUCCACCCACGUGCGGCUCGUGGUUGGGAAGUGGGAACACAUUCUGCACGUAGCAGACGUAUUAAUCAGAGAGGGGCCAUCUGCUCCCUUUGGUAAAUAAAGGGGAGAGGAGUUUGCCGGACUUUUUCUCCCUCCCCAAAUAAAUAAAUAGAAAGAGAGAGAGAGGCGGGGAGGGGGAGUGUCCACACGCGCCGGGCUCAAAAGCAGAUAAGAAAAAGGGCUUCCUGAGCUUCCUCUUCCAGUAAUGAUCUGCUAGUCCUGAUAGUCAAGGAGGAGGAAGAGAGCCAUCAAUUUGGAAGAGGAAGAGAGCCAUCCAUUUCCACACGGAAGACUUCAAAACUUUGGCCAAAACUUUUCGGAAACGGAUUUCGGAAACUUUUUAGCCAUGCCGCGGUUGCUUUAAAUGGGCAUUGGGCUCGCUUCGCAGUGCUUGGUUUUCUCGACUCGCUGGGGGACCUUUCAGCGCGCCUCCCCCGCCAUGCCCUUGGGGAACAUCAAGCGGCUCGAGCUCGAGAAAAUCGCCUUGGACUACAUCGUGCCCUGCUUGCACGACAUGGGCUUUUGCUACCUGGACAAUUUCCUGGGCGAGCUGGUCGGGGACUGCGUCCUGGCGCGCGUCAAGCAGAUGCACUACAACGGCGAGCUCCAGGACGGGCAGCUGGCCGGGCAGCGUCAAGGCAUCGCCAAGAGGCACUUGCGGGGCGACCAGAUCAAGUGGAUCGCCGGCACCGAGGAAGGCUGCGAGGCCAUCCACUUCCUCCUCUCGCUCAUCGACAGGCUGGUCAUGUACUGUGGGAGCAGGCUGGGCAAAUACUACGUCAAGGAGAGGUCCAAGGCAAUGGUAGCCUGCUACCCUGGGAAUGGAACUGGCUAUGUGCGUCAUGUAGACAAUCCCAAUGGUGAUGGCCGCUGUAUCACCUGCAUUUACUAUCUAAACAAGAAUUGGGACUCAAAGCGUCACGGGGGAAUUCUGCGAAUAUUUCCAGAGGGCAAGUCCUAUGUAGCGGAUGUAGAACCUAUAUUCGACAGAUUACUUUUUUUCUGGUCGGAUCGAAGAAACCCACACGAAGUGCAGCCUUCCUAUGCAACAAGAUAUGCAAUGACUGUGUGGUAUUUUGAUGCUGAAGAAAGAGCAGAAGCCAAAAAGAAAUUCAGGAAUUUAGUUGAUGCAGGGAAGACAGAUGCAGUUCUCAGUGAAGACUGAAUUUACUCAUACAAUUUUUCAGUGAUGAAUAGGGGACAGUUUGCAAGCAAUAAGGUCCAAAGGCAACGUGAUCCGUUUCCAAUUAUUAUUGGACACUCUUUUUACUUGCAGAAAUGCACUGUUUUUGGCACUCUCUUGUAUUUGCAUAUUACGGCGAUGGUACUCAUGGCAGCUUCGUAUCACACACCCCUUUGGCAUAAAGCACCCCUCUUUUCUACUCGCUUUUAACUGAAGAAAUGACACCCAGGGUUUUAGAAAGUGAAGAAUAUCCCCAAGCUUCCCACUAAUGUCAAGACCAAGUUGGCAAUACUGGUAACAAAAAUACUAAACAUUUGACAUAUCUGGGGGAAACUUGAGUCUUAUUUGCACUUUAUUUACCUUGUAUUUUUCAAUGGGAUCCAGCUUUUACAGACUACAGAUGGGCAACCCAAGCAAUCAGAGAUGCAAAAUGGAACAAGACAUUUGUCAAGAGCCAAGGUCAUUAUGCCCGACGUGGGGCCUUUUGUGGACUGCCUUGUCACUUUACUGCACAGACUAUUGGUUUCACUGGCUUAUAUAAUUAAUUUCUAAGACAAGAAAAAAAGGACAAGCCUCUGAUUUGCCAUAAAAUGAUUUUAUCCAUGUUGCUAAAGCCAAGCAACAGUGACGGUUCCAUCGCUUUGCCUUUUAGAGCCCCAGAACAGAGGCGGAGACAGUUUUGUCCACUGUUCAUGAAAAAACAUUUUCUUUCCUGAAGCACGAUGGAUGUGUGUAUGACUGUUCAUUCUUUUUAAAGAAGGCCUUUGUUUUAUAAAUCUGCCAGCCCCCACACCCCAGCUCCUGGCCAAAUUUGUAAUGUUUUUAAAAGUUGAAGACAAUCUAAAUGCAUGUUUGCCAAGAAUUGAUCCAGCCAAGUGUAUUUUUCAUUUUACUUUUUUAAACUGAUCUUCCACAAGCCACGGUUUGUCUAAGAGAAGUGGAAUUCUGGUUAUUCGAAUUGAUAAAUAUUUGUUGGAUAAUUGUAGCCAGCUAAGUGAUAAUGCAAUGCCAUUUGGAUUAUUUCAGAUUUGUAAUUGACAUAGCAACCCUAUUGGGGAGCAAGUCCCAUUGACUCAAUUACACUUCCUUCUAAGAAUAUAGGGUUAGGAUUGCAUUGUAUAUGCCUGAUGUCAAGCUUGAAUUGUGUACAGCUGUUGCAAACCUAACCACUGUUUGUGAAUCCACGAGAAAAUGUAUUGACUACUACAGCCUUAUAGCUUAAUCCUAAGAUUAGUUGUGCUAACACACACACAUGUGUGUUGGAUGGAAUAUACCAAUUGCUUUACCUAUGCAAUAUCAUGAAACAUUAUUUUGCAGGCAGGCACAUUGAAAUUGUUUUAGAGUAAGGUUCACAGCCUGCAUCCUGCCACAUCAGAACCCCACUGCUGGUUGAAUGUCUAUGUAGAUUUGUUUUGAUUUAUAUUUAAACUGAGUAGGAAGAAAUUACUCAGCCCCAUGUAUUACAGGUAAAUAUUUCCUUCCUGCAUUUGAGCCAUGAGUUGUACAGAGGCAGAAUUGAUAAUGAACAGGAGUACAUUUUCUUACUCUAGUUUUACUUUGUAAAAGACAAAAGAUUUCUAUGAGUAAGUUUUCUAUGCUACUUUACUCAAUAAAUAGUAGAACUGUGGGUAUUCAGCACUUAGCAUGGCUCUUUAUUAAAAUGGCAAGUCUAAUAGUUAUUCCACAAACAUAUUCUUGAUUUCAGGAAGGAAAACCAAUGUAAACAUUUUGUCAGGAUAAAUUCACUGUCUUAAUUGAUAUCUCUAGUGAUAUUGUGAACUUUGUAUCUGUGAUUCAGUUUGUUCUUCCAAAUAUGUAUAACUCUUCUCUUCCAUGUUUCGUAUCUUCCCAGUAACAUAACCAAUUCUCGCAAUUCUCGUUUUUCUUUUUCAUACUAACCCGACUCUUCCUCAGCCAAUUUGUUUCUUGCUAUUCUUCUUUAUGUAGGAAUGGCAGUUAUUAUAUCAUCUCAUUUCUAGAUAAGCCAGUUGCUUGUCCCAUGACUGGAUCCAGUGAACGAAACAAAUAUUGAGGCAUUGUAAUGUCCAGCCUUAACUUAUCUCUGCCCGAGAAUAUUUCAGCCACUUAGCAGCACAGCAUGUAAAAGCCAACAGGUUUUAAACAAAACAAUUGUUUGAUUUAGAAAAGAAGACAUUCUUAUUGCCCAAUCUGAUGUGUGAUUUAUAAGGUGCUACUGAAAUAUUCCAUUUCCUCUCAUAUUUGAAGACUCCUAUUUACUUACAUGACUUUACACAUUUAUGUGAGAUUGCUAUGUGACCUCAGCAUACAGCUCCUGUUUCAUGGCAAGAAGAAGCGAUCUGAUCAGCUCAUAGUAGAUUCAGCAUAUAUACCAAUAUAUUCCUUUUGUUUAAGGAGUUAUCAGACUCCUUACAUGGAAGACACAUGAAUAACUCACAUUGUUUGGGAAGAAAUUGUAGCAUGACAUUCCACAUAUGCCUACCACAGUAAAGUUCUGUAGACGUCAGAAAAUCUGGCAUUGAAUUGUAUCUGUGGAAGGGAAUGGGGAAAGAAUUUCUUCCACAGCCUAUGCCCAAUUUGCAACCUUUCUGUGUUUAAUGCAUAGUGCUGAAAGGAAAAUAUAAGCAAGUUCACCUAACAUGGUUACAUGUGUGCUAGCAUCCUUCACAGAAUGCCUUCUGAUCCACCAGAGAAUUCUGGAAAUAUAUGGAAAAAAUGAAGACAUUUUUGCUUAUUAUUUCUAGACCUUUCCCCUUUAUUCUGCCCUAGUCUUUUCUAGGAAUUUGGAAAACCUUCCAGAGUACUAUGGAGGCUAGUGACGGGAAGGGGGGGGGGGGGGGGAGAAUCUGUGAAAGGAAAAUUACAAAAGCUUUCCUCUUCCAUAUUUCAAAGACUUUUUGUGAAUGGAAGAAAGACAAGGCCAGACAUGCCAUACACAUGUGACAAAAUAAGUGUUACUUUUAAGACUAUACCUCCCAGAAUCCCAUGGUUAGCUCGUUAACGUGUAACAAAGAUUAAAUUUUCAGAGCUAUGGAAAAUGUACUUCUCCUUCAUUUCCCUGUAAACAGACAUAUCAGAAUUAAACAUAAACUGAUUUUAAGAGACAAAUCAAAAUCACAGGAAACUGAUAGAAGAUUUUACCUUGACAACUGUAUGUAUCUUAUAAGGUGUACUACACAUUCUCGGGAAUUGCUCAACAGAUUUCAUGCAAUAUAUGUUGCCUCCUUUUCAUUUUUCUGCAAUAAUUGGGCUUAUCAGUUUUAGAUAAGACAAGCAUGUCCUCUCAUUCUACUUAGUCCCUAGAGCAAUUGAGAACUUUAAAGACUUGCAUGUUGACUAAGAUCAGUGAUUCUCAACCUGUGAGUCCCCGGAUGUUUUGGUUUUCAACUCCCAGAAAUCCUAACAGCUGGUAAACUGGCUGGGAUUUCUGGGAAUUGUAGGCAAAAAAACCACCCAGGGACCCACAGGUUGAGAACUACUGACUAAGAUCAGUGUCUUCAAGGGCGGUGAUGUUAUGUGAAUAUUUUAUUGAAGCACCUUUUUCAAAAUUUGUGUUGCCUCCAAGACUCAGUAAAAAACAGGUGAAGCAUAUGAAAUGAUUCCAAGUCCAGUUUCAGUUGGUCUCAGAUUUGAAAGCAAUGGCAAUAGUGCCCCAAAGAAAUGAUAAGUAGAAAAACUGCAGCUUUCCCUGUUCAGUCCCAUUUUUCUGGUAUUUUCGUCUUGACUGUAGAGUUGCACUGAAGGACCUAGAGAUUCCUGAAGAGGUAUCAAAAAUAUCAUUUUUAAUUUACACUUUCAUGGGGGUCCUGUGCCCCUAACAUCAAUGAAUGAGGAGGGUUGACAGUAUUAACAAAAGAGGGUUACUAUAUUUUGAAAAGCAAUAAAGGCUUAUUGAUUGACUGUUUCAAGCCAACAAUAAUUAUGGCUAUUGUUACUUUAAAUGACCUCACUUUAUAAACUGGGAUAAUGGCUUGUAGAAAUAUUCUUAACCUUCAUUGUAUUUAAAGAACAAUUUUGCCUUCCCUUUCAAAUCCAUCUGAAUAUUUUUUAUGGUAGCUCUGAAAAAAGAUGACAUGUCUGGAAAAGAGGAUGUAUAUCUUCUUUACCUUAAAUAAAAUAGUUUCUACACCCUUCAAUUUUUAUUUUAGGUUCCCAUCAUCAACACUUUCAAAUUGUCCAAAUAUGGGCCUGAACUCUAUUGGUUAUUCCUGAAUAGAAUAAACCCACUGAAUUGUUAACUUAGAGUAAAUAGAGAGAUGGAUAUUCUAACUGGAAUGAAUGGUAGGAUUCAAGCCAAGGCAAUCCAGCAUUAGAUGGAGUAACAAUACAAUCCCUCUGUAAAAAAUAAAAAUAUUACUGUAGAAUCCAUUGUAUGUAAACUACAGUAUAAUGUUCAUGAGAUUUCAAUCUUCAUUGAUUACUCAAAUAGUCAACUCAGUUAUAACUCAGUUAUAAUAAUAUAGUUCAAUUAUUAUUUUUCCAAACUGUUUCUUUAUAUAUGAAGCACAUCUUACAAAAUUUUCAAUCAUAAUAAAUUAUAUUAACUGUGGAAUAAAUAAUGGACAAAAAGACCACUGUUCUUCAUGUUGAUCUAUUUUUAAAGAGGCUGUUGUCCUUUAAUAUUGAGUGCAAUCUUAGAGAUUUGAUGGAUUGAUAAAUCUUGCAUUCCCUUCAGUGUUUCCUUUCUUCCUAUGAGAUAGUAAUAAGAAAUUCUGCUUUCGUUUUUUACUUCUACAACAGUGUUCCAUUCUUCCCUAUUGAUGAAAUAAUACAGUGUUAUUUUUCAAUGUAGUUCACUCUUGAAUGGGAAGUACAUCUAUUUGCUGGUGAAUAUCUAUUUCUUUUGACAUUUGCUCCUCAAAUAAUAUCUCUGGGAGUACUUUUGGGCAUACCUUUUUGAAUGCUGGUUAUUGUUACUGGCAGAUGGGCAGGAUACUGAUCCACACUGGUAUUUUGCCCUCUAAUCCACACCUUGUGUUUUGUUUUAUGUUGUUGUUUUUUUAAAAAACGUUGGAAUGAAAUAAAAUGCUGCAGCGGUCAAUAAAACAUUGGGUUAUGCCAUA